AUGAUAACGAUACCCGCAGAACUUUAUAAUCGUCCAUCCUUCGAUGUCGAUAUCGACAUCUACGAUUCAAGAGACGAGUCCGAGGAACAGGUCGCAUCGUCCUCGUCUUCGCAGAAACGAAAGAAAGAACAUCGUCGAUAUUAUGUCUCUCCCUACGACUUGUCACCAACGGCUAGCUUCAUCGAUGUACCGCUAUCUCCUGUAAUGGAAGAACAGCGUUCAUUCCCGGUAUCAGCUCCGCCAAGUAUCAUCGUCCCACCUCCGCCCCGCCGACUCCGUAAACGCUCGAUGCUCCCACCGCCCAGCCCAGCCCGCUCAGACUUCACACACACAAGUACCAUCAAUCCCGAGAGGGACUUCCGCUCUGGAUGGACCAAGAGCAUGAUGUCCGUCGAUACCUUCGACUACCUCAACGAUAAAGAUAUUCCUCACUGGAGAAGAGCAAUCCGAGUGAACAUCACCCCAGCUGGAAUUCUGGUCGUCACCCGGGGGUCUGGGUCAGAUAGCCGUGAAUCGGGGUCAAUUUGGCUGGUUACUGUUGUCCCCUUUUCGAGCACCCGAUCUCAAUGA